UUGCAAGAAGAUGAUGCGGCUGAGCGGCCGGCACGGACUGAAUGCAUAAUUGGCCUAUCUUAGUCAUAGAUUUUAACUUGCCUUGUCUAGUUUCUUGCCAAAUUGCUGUUUAAUGUCGAACUGUAGCCGGAGCGGCGUAGAAACUGAGUAGCAGUAACGGCAGCAGAAGAAGAAGAAGAAGAAGAAGGAGACGAAGAAGAAGAAGAGGAGCGCAGCCGUAACUGAGAGGAGUUGGGCAUCAAAUUGCACCGGAUGUCAUUACACGCUUUUAAAUAUCGAGGACUAUAAUCAGGACCAAAGGCAGAGCCAUGGAGGUUGUAACACAUCUUGUGAAUGACACUGUAGAAUUUUACAAAUGGGGCCUUACUAUAGCAGACAAGAGGGUGGAGAACUGGCCAAUGAUGUCAUCUCCAGUCCCCACUCUGGCCAUCAGCUGCCUGUACCUGUUCUUCCUGUGGGCGGGGCCUAGAUACAUGCAGGACCGCCAGCCCUAUACACUCAGGAAGACCCUCAUAGUCUACAACUUCAGCAUGGUGGUUCUCAACUUCUACAUCGCCAAAGAGCUCCUACUAGGCUCUAGAGCAGCCGGGUACAGCUACCUCUGUCAGCCUGUCAACUACUCCAAUGAUGUCAACGAAGUCAGGAUAGCAUCUGCUCUCUGGUGGUACUACAUCUCCAAAGGAGUGGAAUUCUUGGACACAGUGUUUUUCAUCCUGAGGAAAAAGUUCAACCAGGUCAGCUUCCUCCACGUCUACCAUCACUGCACCAUGUUCAUUCUCUGGUGGAUCGGCAUCAAAUGGGUCCCCGGUGGACAGUCAUUUUUUGGUGCAACCAUCAACUCUUCCAUCCACGUCCUCAUGUACGGUUACUACGGCCUGGCAGCUCUGGGACCUCAGAUGCAGAAGUACCUCUGGUGGAAGAAAUACCUCACCAUUAUUCAGAUGAUCCAGUUCCACGUGACCAUCGGCCACGCCGGCCACUCCCUCUACACAGGCUGUCCGUUCCCCGCCUGGAUGCAGUGGGCUCUGAUUGGCUACGCCGUCACCUUCAUCAUCCUCUUCGCCAACUUCUACUACCACGCUUACCGACGCAAACCCUCCUCCACGCAUAAGGGAGGCAAGCCCAUCGCAAACGGCACAUCUACGGUAACUAACGGUCAUAGCAAAGUGGAGGAGGUGGAGGAUAACGGGAAGAGGCAGAAGAAAGGACGAGCGAAAAGGGAGUAAAGAAGGAAGAGGGGCCCGCGUGGCGAUUAAAGGAAAGAGGACAGUUGUUUUAAGGGCCAGAGAAGCAGGGAGGGUAGGGAAGGGAUAAACAGAAACCAGACCGGCUUCAUCAUCCCUGCAAAUAACGUAGACGGAUGUGAUUUGUGACCAACUCGGGAAGGUGAAAGGGUAGAAGUGUGUGUGUUGUGUCUGUACGGGGGUUUGAGAGGAAGAGAGGGGUGUUGGUUGUCUCCAUUACAUUUUUUUUAAAUAUCAAGAAAAGCAAGAUACUGAUCACGUAGGCUCCGCGCUCUGCUGUCCAACUGUGUUUUGGACCGUAACAGGACCAAAAUAUUAAAGGACCUACACACUGCUCAGCAUCCUCUAACUUAUCAACCAAAAUUCACCUCCAACUUUUGUACUCUGGAUUCCAGUAUUGUUUUAACUGAAAGCUUACAUAGUCUUUAAUAUGCUAAUUUAUUUUAUAGUGCUCUGAAAGAGUUUUAAUGACUUUAACUAUUACCAACAAAACACAUGCAGAUGUUUAUACCAAAGGUUUUCGGGGGGCUAAUUAUUUUUGUUUACGAACACUUAGAGCAAAGGUAGCGAAUGGAAAAAUCACAAUACGACAUUCUCACAACUGCCAUCAACCAAAUCAUCGACCAAUCCAACAUGUCACAGACUUUCUCUGCUGUCUGAUAAACUGAUAUAACUGUGCUGCAUUUACAGAUGACUAUUUUCUUUGUGUUCAUUGUGAAUUAAAAACCUGGUUUAAAACACUUUGGGGGAGGGCGACUGUAGUUUCUUUUAGUAUUUAUGCAAAUUUGUGGGUAUCUUUGUUAAUAAUAUUUUUUUUGUGGGUCCUCACGAUUUAUUCCUUUUUUGCUGUGUGACGUAGCCGAGGUGCAAGAAUAAGAGAUUUGAAAUUCAGCUCAAUAUUGUCUCACUGCCAUGUAGGACUGAAGGGAAACUCCUCCUGACAAGAGCUUUUUUUUUUUUUUU